GUUAUUCCAUAAUGUCGAUGAACCAGGAUGCAAGUGCUUGUUCCUCUGAAAAUCCAGGUGCUGACCCUGCAGAACCAAAUCAACAGUCUUUGGGAUGUACUUCUUCAUCCCAUGCCACCCUGCAUUCAGACUCAAAAUUUGUUCUCUUGCUAAAAUCUGCAAAGGGAGACCAAGGAGAGGAUCCGUAUCAAAAGUUGCUUGUAGAUGCAGGAAUUAAGGCAACCCUCUGUCCUGUAUUGACUUUUGAAUUCCUGAACCUUGACCUUUAUAUGAAUCAGAUGUCAAGACCAGAGGACUUUUCUGCAAUUGUAUUCACUAGUCAACAGGCUGUGAAAGCUACAAGAAUGGUGCUAGAAUCGGGUGGAGAGAUGCAGCCCCUGAAAAAGUGGAGAUGUUAUGUAGUUGGACCAGCCACUGCCACAGAAGCCAAGAAUCUUGGUUUCCUGCCUCAGGGGGAGGACAGUGGCAGUGCUGAGGCUUUGUCUGAAAUCCUUCUUAAAGAUUUAAGACAUUUAACCAGACCAAUUUUGUAUCCAUGUGGAAAUUUGAAAAGGGAUACCUUACCAAAAAAGAUGAAAGAAAAUGGGUUAGAGUUACAUGAGAUCACAGUGUACCAAACUAUCCCACGGGUAGAUCUGGAGCCCUAUAUUCAUGACCUUGUGAACAAGGAGGGAACCCCCAGCCACAUGGUGUUCUUCAGCCCAUCUGGAGUAGAAGCCACCCUUUCCGUUCUCCAUUCUGUCUGGUUUAGAAAACACCAAAUAAAGUUUAUUGCCAUCGGACAGACUACCAGUCAAGCAAUGUCAAAGCACCUGGUGCCAAUUACCGGUGUCUGUUCCCAGCCAGAUCCCCGGAGUCUGUUGGAUGUUAUACGUACAAAAAUGUGAUAAACUGGACAAGAUUUCAUUUUAACAUGUAAAUAUCGAUAUUUUCGGGAAUGCAUUUUAUCAUCAGAACAAAAGAUGUUGGUUAUUGUUUAGAUAUUGUUUUAAUCCAUUGUUAACGAACCUGCACGUGCAUGUUUUGACUUAAAGUAGUUAUUUAUUGGUGUAAACCGUUAUGAAUAUAACUUACGUACCUGCAAUUGUUUUGUCUCAUUUAAUUUACAUAUAUGUUAUAAUUUUGAUUGUCGAGAAUUACCUCCCUUAGACACUUAACAUGUAUAUAUCUAGAAAGACGUAGUCACUUGGUCUUCCGGUUAUCAUUUGUAAAAUAAGAAUGUGACUAUUGAGAAUUUGUUUUAAUUAGGAGAAAUAAAGCACUAUUUCUUUUCAAAAGUAUAUUGCUAUAAUUAAAGCAAACAUUGAUUAAAUAUGUACUGAGUGCAAAACAGCAUACACGUAUACCAUAUGUAAUAUUGAUUUCUGAUGACAUAUAAUCACUUCGUGAACUAGAAGUAUACCGUCCUACAUUCCGCAUAAUUGAGCAACGUAAACACAAAUAUCGUAAAAACCAUAUCCAUUAUAGACCUUUAUGAGAUGUCGUUAAAUCAUAUUGAAUUCGUGUAAUUUUCUGGCUCAUUUGAAGGACGCUAUCUAUAUUUGUAUGCAUGCCGUCUGUAUACAGCUAGUCAUCUGCUGUCUAUAUACAGAAGUUAACGACAGAAUGUAGUUUCCAUGUCGAAAUAGUUUCUGAUCAUUUACAAUGAUUGAUACAUUUAUUUUUGGCUGCGAUUAACCUAUAUUCGUGUCUGUAUCGUGUGUUGGCUUUUGGAGAAAUGAAAUGGACUUGACAAAACGGCAUUGAAACGGAUGCAUAUACAUACACUUUAUACAGUUAAAACGGCAUAAAAGACGAAAAAACUGUACAGAAAUCUCCGAAGUGAGAUUAACGGUACAAUGUUAAGGACAUAUGUUUAUCUUUGUUUAUUUAAUGCACUGAAAUAAGUGACUCGCGUUAUUAGAAGCUUGACAUGAUGCAGGCUUACUUUGAAUAGGUUGCGGAGUACAGUUGUGUUUUGGUUCCGUUAUUGCAUUACGCUUUCCAGUAUUUGUUGUCUAUUAUAUUUAUUAUCAGUGAGAAUGUAAACAACUGUUUUUAGAUUCCAUUUUUAUAUGAAACAAGAAAAUGAUUAUUAAAAGGUACAGCAGACGCACUCACCGAAUAUGUAUGAAGCGUUAUUAACUGUCGAAUACAGUGUACAUAUCGACAUUAGUCCUGUCAAGUGUCAUUAUUCUAUUGUUUUCACCGCUCUGUUGUGUUCUGAUAUAAUUAGACUUUUUAGAUGAUGUUUUUUUUUUUUUUUUUACUUGUAUGUGUUUUUCACAGUUUACCGGUUUUGACAGCUACAAAAUGUGUCGGAUUAUUAUAUCUGAACACACAUCGUAAGGCCAAACUAUUCUUGCGUCAAGUGUCGCAUGUUGACCUCAGAGAUUUACUUUUGGAUGAAGAAUACUCCCUAGCUUCGACAGACAAAACGACUUAUUGCUAAAUAAUUGAUCUUCAUAUAUUUAAAAACAAGCAUUUUUGUGAAUUGUAAUUGAUGUGAAUUAUUGUGAUGUAAAAGACAUUUUAACGCGAAAUAGCAUCAUAGUUUAGGGUGCAUUACGGGAUUUUGACGUAUAAUGCCAAAUUCGCGAUGCCGCGCCGUGCCUCUACAAAUAAUGUACUAGCACUUGAGAGCUUUGUUUGACCGGCAUCUGACAAUGUUUCUUUGUGGGACAUUUCCUCGUGUCACGUUGAUAAUGGGAACUUACGGAUCCAGUUGCUAUAUAGUAUAUAUAUAUAUUAUCUCGUGAUCCCCGUUAUGUAAGACAUACACCUAAAACUGUUAUGGCGAUAGUUCAAUAAAUCAUAAAUCAUUAAAAUCUUAUUAACAUAUUUUUCAUAAUGAUAAUAAUAAGAAAUAAGAAAACGUAUCUGAUAUCGCAAUGUUUACCUAUUAACCAUUACUAUGCCUGUAUUUGCAAUGAUUUAAUGUGUGUUCUUACACAAUCUGUUUUUCAUAUCGGAUCACUUAGUGAGAUACAUUUUAUUCUACAAUGUUAUUGGAGUUGCGGGGUGCAUUGUCACCAGGUCAUCUGGUUGCUCGCCCAUCCACCAGUCUGCAGCUUUGUCCACCUAUAGAGACGAGUGAACUAUCCUACAGAAAUAUGAUAUGAUGUGUAAUUCUGUAUGAUUAGUCCAGGGAAUUUGUCAAUUGUGUCCAAGGGCAAUAUUCAACCCUGUUAAUACUGAAUCCAAAUCAUGUUUUUUAUGCAUAUUCCUAAGUAUGCUUUUAGGAUAUGUUUAUGUAUUAAAAUAUAUUAAUGGCAUUAAUUGCUUGGUGCGGUAUUUAUGUAUCAAUCGUUAUCUCAUCAGAAUCUACAUCAAAGGCGUUUUAUCUUUUUAGAUAUUUCAUUAGAAUAACUGUAAAAUAAAUUCCCACUUCGCACGGUAAUUCACAUAGUUGUCUUCUUUACCAAUCAUUCAAAUGCAAGGGUUGCUUAUCACAUUUUUUGAUGAUAUUAUUUGUGUACCAGUAUUGUAUUGUCUCUUUUAUGUUUUAAUAGCGUUGUGCUUAAAUACCGUCAAAUGUAAUUUUCGUAAAUAAUGUGGUGAUAUGCUUAUAAACAUGUAUUGUCGUAUUUAGUGCAAACACUUGAUUUAUUGGUAUUUCAUUAAUCAUAAAUUUUGGAUGCUUUAGAAAUUUAGCAUGUGGUGCUACUGCUUGCUCGCCUUCAACCAUGUAUUGUAGUUGGACAGUAUGAUGAAUUUUUGAGUAGCGGUAGACAAUGGGUAUAGUGGAAUCGUUUUGCUCUACAUUUACAGUGGUGUAAGCUUGCUGCCAAUUAAUGGAUGCAUUCGCCACGCCUACAUACGCACUAGCUUGAAAGCUACAUCAAGUGAAUUUAUAUGAAAUUGAAUGAAACACAGUAAGAUCUUGUUGCAUGGGUUUGUGUUCA